AUGAGUGUGGAUCCAGCUUGUCCCCAAAGCCUGCUUGGCUCCGAAGCGUCCAACUCUAGGGAAUCUUCACCCAUGCCUGAAGAAAGUUACGCAUCCUUGCAAAUGUCAUCUGCUGACACCCUCGACACGGACACUGUCUCUCCUCUUCCUUCCUCCAUGGAUCUGCUUAUUCAGGACAGUCCUGAUUCUUCCACAAGCCCUAGAGUGAAACCACUGCCUCCGUCUGCUGAGGAGAGCACAGAGAAGGAAGAGAACAUCCCAGUCAAGAAACAAAAGAUCAGAACUGUGUUCUCACAGACCCAGUUGUGUGUGCUCAAUGACAGAUUUCAGAGGCAGAAAUACCUCAGCCUCCAGCAAAUGCAAGAACUUUCCAACAUCUUGAACCUCAGCUACAAGCAGGUGAAGACCUGGUUCCAGAACCAGAGAAUGAAAUGUAAGAAAUGGCAGAAAAACAACUGGCCAAGGAAUAGCAAUGGCAUGCCUCAGGGCCCAGCAGCAGCAGAAUACCCGGGCUUCUAUUCCUACCACCAAGGGUAUUUGAACUCUCCUGGAAACCUGCCCAUGUGGGGUAACCAGACCUGGAAUAACCCCACGUGGACCAACCAGAGCUGGAACAGUCAGUCUUGGAGCAACCACCCCUGGAACAAUCAGGCCUGGAGCCCCCAAGCCUGGAAUAACCAGCCUUGGAACGAUCAGUUCAACAACUACAUGGAGGAAUUCCUGCAGCCUGGGAUCCAGCUCCAGCAGAAUUCUCCUGUCUGUGAUCUGGAGGCCACCCUGGGAACUGCUGGGGAAAAUUAUAAUGUACUACAGCAAACUGUCAAGUAUUUUAGUUCCCAGCAGCAAAUCACGGAUUUAUUCCCAAACUACCCUCUCAACAUACAGCCUGAAGAUUUGUAA